UUUUCACUUUCUGUCUCUGGAGCCCCCUCCCUCUUUCCUUGGCCACGAGGUUUUACUUCCGGCGGCUGGUGCCCCGAGGCGGCCAGAGAGUCGACGGGUUCCCAGCGUCUGGCUUGUGAGGACGCGGCUCGCGGCCAGUGAGGCAGCGGACCCCGAGGCGCGCGCGCGGCCGGGAGGGAGGCGCGGCAGGGCGACGGGCCAGGAGGAGAAAGGGACGCGCUGCGAAAGCAUGGCAAAGACCCUGAGCAGCGAGCUCGACUCCUCAGGGAAGGCGGCCGCGCCGGGGACAGGAAAAAAUCAAGUUUGUGUCUGAGAAUUAUACAGGUAACAACCCUAGGCCGUCUUUUGGGUAUGACUGCCACGUAGCUGCAGAUACCGACAAAGUUUCUUACAGAAAAAGUCAUUUUUGUGCCUUCAUACUAAGUCAGAAUUACCUCUAUGAACUUUCAGGCAACACUGUUAUUAAGUGACCCAGACAAACCUGUCCCUAUAUAAUUGUAACUUUUCAGUACAGGGAACGUAAAAGAUGACAGCACCCACUUGUAAAAGCAUACUUGAACCCAAUAAAAAUGCUCUCCUCUCUCCAUGGAAAGGGCAAUUAAUUAUGCAGGGUUGUUUGCUGUGUGAUGUGACCCUUUGGUCUGCUUAUGGCACAGUGAUUCCAGUUCAACUGCCCCGGGAACUAGACUUUAGUUAUGUGAUGGAAGUGUCAUCUCUGAAGGAGACCCUACCAGAAGCUGCCUUCAGAAGACAGAAUUAUGUGGAGCAGAAAGUCUGUUGUCAAGAUUUAUGCUUUGAUUUAUAUGAAGUGGAACUGUCAAACAAACAAGGACAAAACAUAGAUAAGCUAAUGGAAUAUAUUAAAAAUAAGCAAUUGGCAAUCAUCAAAUGCUUAGAAGAUAAGGGUUUUUUCAUUUUACUUACAUCAUCAGCCUUAAUACCAGAACCAGAUUAUGGAGAUGAGCAGAUGGGUCUCCACGGUUUACAUUUAUUCCAUUCACCUCAGUCAGCAGGAGUGAAGGACUUGAAAGUUGAAGAUGGUAUCUCUUUGAAAGUGAUACCUAUUUUACCUGCCCUUAGUUAUGCACUUCAAGAAGCAAAGAAAUCACUUGCUGAAGAAGGAAUUCCUCCAAACAUUUUAAUAAAGCAUAGUUUUGAAGACCUGUGUAAGGUGGACAAAAGCCUUUCAUUGUUGGCUCCUCCUCUGGAUGGAAUGAAAGAUGCUGCAUUCAUUGGGAAGUUCUCCCCUGAUUUCGACUUGGCUCUCCCACUUGAAAAAUACCCUGCAGGGUCUUUGAACCAGCUGAAAUACUAUUUUUCAGACCCCACGGGGUACACUCUGGAUCUGUCUGCUGCUUUGGAUUUGUUAGCAGGACAGCCUCGGUUUCUUCAUAUGUCUGAUGGCACUUGUGAUGCUGGGUUUUCCUUCGUUACGGCUCCAGAUCCUGAAUGUCAUGACUCCAAGAUGGAAAUAAAAGAAACUGAAACAGCAAAAAAAUCUGGGAAAACGUUGAGAGUGAAAAAGAGAGCUGUGACUCCAUUGACUCCAGAUUCCAAUCUGAGAGUUCAGCCCAAGAGGAGAGCCAGCACAUCAGCUGUUAGACUGCAGAGUCCGUGGGUGAGCCUGGGCCACCCCAUUCCUAAAAGAGCUGCCCCCAGAACAGACAGUGAAUCAUGCAACCCAACUCUUAAGUUAGUUCAAGGGCAGUUUCCUCAGAAGAGAAAAAGAGGUGCAGAAGUGCUGACUGCGCAGUUUAUACAGAAAACCAGAGUAGACAAGAAAAGACGAGAAGCUUCUGUAUCUAAAGAUCCUCUGGUACCUACAAAUGCUAAAAGGUCAAAGAAACAAGAGAAAUAUCCAGGUAGAGUUGUUUCGCGGCCUAAGCCACCUGUGAAAAAGUCUCCACAGAAAAGGAAGGUAAAUGUAUCAAGAGGCCGUGGAAAUACCAGAAUCAGAAAGCAGCUUCAACCUGCUGAAAAAGAGAUUGUCUCAAAAAUUUCAUCCGAUGGUCAAAAAGAUGGACUUAACCUAAGUAUACCUCAGCAAGAAACUGUUGCAGUGAAUCCUAAAGGCCUUCCUGAAAACUCAAUUACCAGCUGUGACUCCGGGGCCCUAAAUAUGCUAGCUGAUCUGGCACUAAGCUCUGCUGCUGCUUCCAUACCAUCUUGUGAGCUCAGGAACCUUCCCUGCCUCUCUGAAUUGCCACAAAGCAAUGUUUUACUCUCUAAAGAAAACUCACUGCAUGGUGCCUCUGACCAUGAAUAUCAUAGGGGAUUUAAAAGUCAAAAAGGAGCAUUACUACCUAAGCCAUCCUCUGAUGAGAUUAACUCAAAGUCAGACUUAACUGUUAGCCAAGAAGAAAACUUGGUCCCUUGUCAGCCUCUUGCUGUUGCCCAGUCAGCACCCUCUGAGGAACCCCGAGACUGCUCAGAUGUAAGUCAAAAUUCUGUUGCUGUGGAACAUUCCUAUGCCUUGCUCCUUGCUGAGCAGUCAAAGAAACAUCUGCAUCAGAGAAAGUUACCAAGCCCCGCUUUUGCAAAGAAUGGGACAAAAGGCCCGGAAGCUGGAACUCCUAUAGGAAAGGUCAUGCCAUUUCGGCAUCUACAGAACACCUCCCCUCUACAGAAGCUUUCUGAAGACUCAUUGACUAAGCACAGAAGUCUGUUUGUAUCUUCUCGGCUUAAAGAUUUUUUUUGCUCUCAUACUGUUCUUAGUUGUGAUGGCUCCCUAAAGAUCACUUUCAAAUGUGAAGGAGAAUAUACGUUCAGCUUAGAUAGCAGAUACACCAGCAACCCUUUGGAGAGAACUGUUGUGAGAGGUUUACAUGGACCUUGGAACACUGAUUUGCGUGAAAAUGCGGAAGAUGUGAUGCUUUUACUUCAUAUGUGGGUAGCUCUGUUCUACAGCAAAAAGAACAAAGAUAGCGAAUCAGCUCGAAAGGUAGUAGAACACAAAAACCCAGCAAAGUAUGUAUGCAUAAAUAGGACUCUAGAAUCCUUUGACUACAGUGAAAUUGAGGCGUUUUCCAUUUUGGAGAGACAUUCUGUAGACCCUCUGUUGGAGACUAAGGAAGCAUACGAAGGUCAUGCCACCAAUAUGACCUUUCCUGGAUCUAACUGCGUGCUUCCUUUCAUUAAUCCGCCAACCACUAGAGACUUGGAACUGUGUGUACAGAAUGAACAGAAAGAGAUGUUUACAGGAGAGCAUCACCUGGAUUCUUUAGGAAACCAGAAUUUCAUCUAUUGUAAUGAUAAGGUAACUAGAAGGAAAGCCAAACAAGAAUUGUCUGAUGAACUAGAGACUUCUGAUAAUAUACUUUCUGCUGUUGGAAGUGCUGAAAGUAAUGGAUCUUGCAUACCCAGAGGUGGAGAUAAAACCUGUCAGAGCACAAAGAUGGUUUCUUGUAGUGGCUCUGUCUCACAAGCCACCUUGACCACAGUUUAUGAUGGGGCCAACAGUGAGUCAAUGAUGUGUCAUAAGUCUGUGUUCAGCACCCUUGAGAACAAAGUUGAUACUUUUCACCCAUCACUGCUGAUAAAAACAGGUGCUGUACAGGAUGUUAUCCAGCCUAGCAGCCCCAUAAAUCACGACUGUCAGUCCUCGGUAGAAAGGAUGGAUGGUAAUGUGGAAUAUAUGAUGAUUAAUCUGGAACCAGUUACUCCUGCUUUUGAAAAAAAUGUCUGUGUGCCAAUACAAACAGAAGUAAAUACAGCUGACAAGUCUAUAGGCUUUAAUUCCGAGCUGGUUAAACAACUAUCCCCUGCCUUGAGAAUUCAGUAUCCUGUGUCUGCAUUGGAAAAGGCACAAACACAAUGCCCCAGGGACAUUCCUCUUCUUGCUAUGUCAGAAUUAAAAGAUAGUAAGUGCCUUCCUGCCUCCUCCGUAAAAAAGGAAGCACAUCCUGAAAACCUCUGUCCAUCACAGAAAGAGAUCCCUCCUCCAACAUCGUCAGCUGAUGAAGGAUCGAGAAUAGAGGCACUGUCAUUAGUUAAAAGUUAUACUUAUCCCUUAGCCGGUGAUGAAGCAAAAUGCCCACAAGCUUCCUUUCUGCAGACUCAGAAUGGCUUCAGCAUGUCCGUAGGUGAGGUUCUAGAACCAUCACAAGUUAAAGUAGUCUCCUUAUCAGCUUCUGCUACCCUGGGGGACCAGCAGCCCCUUAACUGUGCUCCAGGAAUAAGUAAUAUAUCAGAUGGCUCUUCAGACGUAAGGAAUAGUGACAACAGUAGUCUAAAACAAGAAAAGGUCUUGCAGACAUUAAAUUCAGUGUUUCCCAAACAAACUGAUCUAUCUCUGAAUAGGGAGGAGGUUAGCAUGGAAUUGUCAGGGGAAGAUUCUGAUAUUAAUCUGACUCUAACAAUAUCACCACCUACAAGCCCCAGGGAGGAAAUGGUAGCUGGCGAAAUUGAACAAUCUCAGAGGGCCCCAGUAUCAAAUUUAAGACUACAGAGUACAUCUGAAGAAACGGUUGAACCAGAGGAACGGGUGAGCCUCAUAAAAAACAGAGAAAUAAAUUCAGCUAGCUGUAUGUCAGUGUGUCCUGUGGAAUCCAGAGAACCAUUAAAAAAUGAGAGACAGGGUAAUUAUUUAAAACCAGGAACAUGGGUACUUUAUAAAGAAAAUUAUACGCCUGAGGUUGCAGAGGAUGUUAAUGUUAGCUCUGACUUUCCCUUUGGUCCUCUAAUAGAAGAAGUGUCACCAGCCUCUAGUCCUGAUCCCAUAGUACAAACUGAAAACACAGAAUCAUCAUCUCCAUGUUGUUUAAAACUACAUAGUACACAGUCUGAGAAAACUAACACGUUCUCCCAGAGUGAGUCAGGAGAUUUAACAAUACCAGAAACAGAAAGUUCUUUUGUUGUUCCUAAGAAGCCAAUGGGGCAAGAUGAGUUAACUCAAGUACAAGUGCAGCUCUCAGCUGAUAUGCCACAGAUCCUAACUAAAGGCCCAAGUGAGCACAGUGAGAGUUCAUCUUUCUCAGAGAAGGUGCAGAGCUAUGGUACAGAGUUAAGUAAGCCUACCUCACCCCCCGAAUAUGAAGGUAACUUCAAUCCUCUUGAAAAACCUGUAGAAUGGGGAAAUUCAUUGCAGGCAAACUGUAUGGAGAACGGAAAUAUGGACAUAAAACAUGUUGCCUUGAAAUCCAAUGUAUCCUCAUACAGCCCUAGAAAAGUCGUUGAAAAUAAGUCUUUGACUGACACAUUGGUUUCUGUGACCACUGCAAGUAAAAUAGUGAAUAUGUCAUUAAAACAGACUCGUUCUAAAAACAAGAAGAAUGUCUGUGGCAGUGAUGUGAGAACAGAGGCUGAUCAUAAUAUAGAGGCUGGGGCAGUGAACUCUGACAUCAUACAGGCGUAUAUGCAUCCAGAGACCACAAAAUGUGUUUCUUCCUCUGGCAGUGCUCAGUGCACCUAUUACACAGAUCGAGUAAAUGUAGCACCAGAGUUUCAAACACAGGAAAUACCAGUAGUCAGAAUGGCCAGUUUACUUAGGAAUAUUGGAACUGAAUUACAUGAAGAAAGCAGAGAUCUCAAUGCCAUCAGCCUUCAGUCUAACUCCAUAUCUACACAAGGUGAACAAGAAACCAUUCAUGUGCUGCAGGACACAUCAGCAUGUGAAGUGAAAGAGCUUUUGAAUGGUGGGGUUUUUUCCCAGAAUGUUCAUUCUUUCCAAAAUAUAGCAGACAUCAGUAAAAUUAGCAGUGAAGAGCCUUCUGUUUCCUUUGCCCCAGAAUCUGUCGAGUCUUUCCAUGGUAUCUACAAAGAACAUACUAUUAAUGAAAGCCCUAAUAUGGGACAUGAAACCAAGGCCGAAGCUGAAACACUAAGCAGGGAUACAGCGAUAAGUGCAAAUGCUCCCAUGCCCCAUGGGCCACUUUCUGGAGACUAUGAUAAUGAUGGUCUUGAUUGUAAAAACAGCAAAUCUGAUGUGGAAAAUUUGUAUACUUCGAAAGGUAAUCAUGCAUGCCAAAAAGAUAGUAUAAAAGAUAGGUGUGACUCUUUCACAAACUUAGACAACAGUGAUAGUGACACUUGGACCUACUCUAGCAAAAUUUCAGAGCUGGAGUCACACAUCCCACCCAGAAACCAGGAGACAGAACUGUGUCCUAAUUCAACAAAUAGUAAAUGUAUGCCAUGUUAUAUCCAAAUCCCAGAUUCCCAUGGUAACCCCAGGACUUAUGCUAACUUUACUAUAACAAAAGAGUUCAAAGAUACCACAAGAAAGUUGCAUUCCCUGAAGAGGCAUCGGGAUUUCAGUGCAAACUGCGCCCUGCUCAGCUCCUGGACUAACACCUGGCAUGUGACAGAUGACAUCACUCAGAACACGUUAGACCUGGAGUACUUGCGUUUUGACCAUAAGCUAAAGCAAAUAAUAAAGAAGGGGGGUUCUCAGCAAUCCAGCCCUUCCACCAUCUUCCCUGAAGAGUCACUCCUCCAAAUCUCUGUUGAAACGGUGCCUUCUUCCCAAACACCUGAGGCCUCAGUUCUGCGUCUUCCACCCAAGAGCAGAAGCCCCAUUCUGAUGACAGUCGCUAGGCGGCAGAGCCAUUGCCGAAGAGGCCACUCAGGCAGCCGUCUAGACAGCUCUUCCUCUUUUUGGAAGGAGAAAUGUAGUCAAAGUAGAACAAAUUCUGAAAGAAGUCAGACUGUUCCGUUCCACCUCAGUAAACUGAAACACAACACUACUUUUAAAGAAGCGAGAAAUGAUAUUUCACUUAUUCUACACGAAUAUGCUGAAUUUAAUAAGGUAAUGAAGAACAGUGACCAAAUUGCUUCCCAAGAUAAAGAGUUAAGUGUAGCUUCUGCAGAAGCUGUGUCCAAGGAGACAUUCCAGCCAAGACAGUGGGUAUCCUACAAAGAUGUGAUCACAGACUUGUGCGCCACUCUGCAUAUGAAACUAAAAGGAGUUAUGAGAGAGGCUUGUAAGAGCCCUUUCUGGUUCUACCUUGUUGAAACAGAAGAUAAAUCAUUCUUUUUAAGAACAAAGAGCAUUCUAAAGAAAGGAGGCCAUACCGAGAUUGAACUUGAGGAUUUCUUUCACAAAGAGAAUGAGACACUUUUAGUUAUCAUCAGAAAUGAAGACAUAAUAUCACAUUUGCACCAAAUUCCUUCUCUCCUGAAAUUAAAGCAUUUCCCCAGUGUCAUCUUUGCUGGAGUGGACAGCCCUGAAGACAUUCUGAAUGACACCUACCAAGAGCUGUUUCGCUCUGGCGGCUUUGUAGUAUCAGAUGAUGACAUAUUAGAAAAUUUAACAUUAGUUCAACUGAAGGAAAUUCUCAAAAUCCUAGAAAACCUAAAUGAAAAUGCAAGAUGGAAAUGGCUACUUCAUUACAGAGAAAAUAAAAAGCUCAAGGAAGAGCUCAGGGUAGAUUCAAUUGCACAUAAAAAGAACUUAAUUCUGAAAUCGUAUCAGAGUGUAAAUAUCAUUGAAUUGCUUCAUUAUCACAACUGUGACCUUCCAUCAUCAACAAAAGCUGAGAGUUUGAAAUGCUUGCUAAAUCUUCAAAUUCAACAUAUCAGUGCUAGGUUUGCUGUCUUCCUAACAGACAAGCCCACAGUGACCACAGAAGUCUUUGAGAAUAAUGGAAUCCUUGUUACAGAUGUAAACUACUUCACUGAAAAUAUACAAAAGAUAGCAGCUCCAUUUAGGAGUAGCUAUUGGUAAGAACUGUUAGUAAAACUCCCCUCCCUCCCCAUGAAAGCUGGAGUUAAUGGCAGUAGCCACUGCCACUGAGGGAAAGUGUUCAAAAUCUGCUCUUAAA